AUGUGGAGGAAUUUGAGAAUAAAAGAGAAUAUGCUUUUACAAAAGUCUAAAUUGAAAUGGUUGAAAGAGGGGGAUUCCAAUAGUGGUUUUUUCCAUAAAGUUGUGGGGGAAAGGAGAAGGCGGAAUCAUAUUGGUCCCAUUCUAUCUUCGGGACAUGUGGCGGAAUCGGUUGAAGAGGUGAGGGAAGUGGUGUUUAACCACUUCGGUAACAAAUUUGUUGAACCGGAGGAGAAUAGACCCUUGUUGGAUGGAAUUUCUUUUGAGAUGCUUAGUAGUGAGGAAGCGGAGAAUCUUGAAAAACCUUUUCUAGAGGAAGAAAUUAAAGCGGCGGUUUGGGAUUGUGGUGGCAUGAAGAGUCCGGGGCCGGAUGGGUACUCUUUUCUUUUCUUCAAAAAGUGUUGGCACAUCAUUAAAGAGGAUCUCAUCAUUUUCUUUAAUUAUUUUUAUGGCGGUUCUUUUAUUACAAAGGCGAUUACGUCGUCUUUCUUGACUUUAAUUCCUAAGUCCAAAAAUCCCAUUUGCUUGGAUGAUUACCGUCCCAUUUGUUUGGUGGGGUGCUUAUAUAAGGUGGUGGCAAAGCUUUUGGCGGAAAGGCUUAAAGGUGUGCUUAAUUCUAUAGUUUCUUCCAAUCAAAGUGCUUUCGUACCCGGUAGGCAAUUGUUGGAUGGUGUUCUAGUGGCUAACGAGGUAGUGGAUUAUGCUAGAAGGGAAGGGAGCAAUUGUAUUCUUUUCAAAGUGGAUUUUGAAAAAGCUUAUGAUAAGGUUAGUUGGAAUUUUUUGCGCUAUAUUUUGUCUCGGAUGGGGUUUGGUGCUAAGUGGAGGAGGUGGAUGGAGUUAUUGGUUUUUUCUAGUAAUAUGUCGGUUUUGGUCAAUGGUAGUCCCACCAAAGAGUUCAAAGUCACUAGAGGAUUAAGGCAAGGAGAUCCUCUCUCUCCGUUCCUUUUUGUGUUAGUGGCGGAAUGUCUUACGGGUCUUGUUAAAAAAUCGAUAGAUUUGGGAGAAUACCAACCUUUUGCUAUUAGAGAAUCUUGCAAGGUAGAUAUUCUCCAAUUUGCGGAUGACACCCUCAUUGUGGGGAACGGUAGUUGGAAUCAUGUUUGGGCGAUAAGAGCGGUUCUUCGGGCUUUCGAACUUGUUUCGGGUCUUGGCAUCAAUUAUCACAAAAGUAAGUUAAUUGGCAUUAAUUGCAUUCCUAGUUUCUUGGAGGCGGCAUCUUACUUUCUAUCGUGUAAAUUGGAAGAUAGUAAUUUUCUCUUUUUAGGGAUUCCCAUUGGAUCCAAUCCUAGGAAGGAAACCAUGUGGAAGCCCCUUUUAGUGAAAAUGAAGAAAAGGUUGGAAGGCGGAUUGGGUGUGAAAAAUAUGUUGUUGUUCAAUCUAGCUCUCCUUAACAAGUGGAGGUGGCGAAUCAUUCAAGGGAACAAUUCGAUGUGGUUUAAUGUGUUGAAAUCGCGGUACGGUGAUUUAUCCUCGAAAGUGAUGGGAGGGGGAACGGCUAAGGGACUUUCUUGCUCCAUUUGGUGGAAGGACAUUUUAAGGUUAAAUUCUUCUUCUUCUCAAGAUCCUUUUACUUCUUGUAUAAAAUAUAAUGUUCAUAAUGGUUUUAGUACCCUUUUUUGGGAAUCCAUUUGGUUGGAAGAUUCCGCUUUAAAAGAGAGUUUUCCGACUUUGUUUCAUGCUUCCCGUUUGAAGAAUGUGUCGGUGGCGGCGAUGGGAGGUUGGUUGGGGGGAGAGUGGCGUUGGAGUGAUUUUGGGUUAUCCGCGGCUUUAGUGGAUAUGGCGGUUCAUAGGGAGGAGUUUUUGGAUUUGAAAAGAAGGGUGGAGGCUUUUAGAGAUUGGAAGAGUGAUAAAGAUUUGGUGUUUUGGUCCGGUAGUGUGGAUAGGAUUUUUUCGGUUGCCUCUUGCUAUGCUAUUUAUGAUAGGCUCCGUAUCCCGUUUGGCCCUCCGGUAAAUCAUAUGGAGGUUUUUGAUUUUUUGUGGAACAUGGAUAUACCUUUCAAGGUAAAAGCUUUUGGUUGGAGAAUCUUCCAUGAUAGACUCCCAUCGAAAGAACUCUUGGCUAUAAGAGGUAUGUCUUUUUCCUCGGAUGAUUCGAAGUGCAUUUUUUGUGGAUAUUGUUCGGAAAAUAGUAAUCAUUUAUUUUUUGGUUGUUUGGUGGUGAAAAAUAUUUGGAGGGAGAUAGCUUUUUGGGUGGGUAAAGGGGUUAUUUUAGAAGAGGAGUGCCGGCCAAAUUUUAUGGAAUGGUACCACUUUUUUCGUAGGAAAAAGAUUAAGGAUAGAAAGUCGGGUGUUGUUUGGAUAGCUACUACAUGGGUUAUAUGGUUGAUUAGAAAUGGUUCGUGUUUUCGGAAGGAACCUUGGAAUGUGAACAACGCCGUUUGGAAUAUCAAGUUCUUGGUAUGGAAAUGGUCGUUUUUCGGAAAAAUUACACAUCCCAAUUAUUCAUUCUAUGAGUUUAGUAUGAAUCCUUUGUAUUAUCUAUCGUGA